AUGUAUCUUCUGGUAUCAAUUUGGGUGGCUUUUUUAUUCACUCAGUGUUUCGCACAAUACAAUCCGUAUUGUGCAUCAAAAAUAAAUCAAAGCAGUUCUAAAAAUUCAUUUGUAAAUUUCGUGCGCCCUAUUUGCGAUGAUAAUCAUCGAGCAAUUUCUUGUAAACUCGAAACUCAGGAAACAUGUAACUCUCAUAUAAAGCAUUGCGAUAAUCCCCAUUGGAAUACCACUGUAUGUAUCAAUAAUAUAUGUGUCUGCGGGGAUGCCACCGUUCUUAAUAGUGUAAACGCUGGUAGAGCCGCUGCCUCCAAGCCGCGAAACGCUUGUAACAAUGCAAGCGACUGUCCGAAGUGUGAUAAUGACGAUGUGAAAACGUGUGAAAAUAAAAGUUGUCGUUGUCGACUCCCACAUAGAUGCACAACUCUUUCUUUCGGUGUUAAAUUCGACUUUGGUCGUAUCACAUGUCCGCCUGGCAAAGUAUGUAUUGAAGAAAAAUGCGUAGAUCCACCUUCAUGUGCCGAUCAUGGGCAGCAGUGCGAUACGAAAGGGUGCUGUGAUGAGUUACAUUGCCAUCGACGAACAUCAUUCGGUGCUACUACUCCUCCCAUCUGCGUGCAAAAUGCCUUUAUUGGAGAAGACUGUUCUAGCGGUAUUCCUUGUGAAGGUACGUCGCAAUGCAUUGGUGGACGGUGCUCACUCAAAAGAGGAUCCAACUGUGAUUUUGAUGGCGCCAUAUGUCCCCAUGGAUCGAGUUGCCGAGUUGUCAAUACGAAUAAAAUAUGCUUUUGUGAUCUGCUUCUAAACGAUGGUACAUGUAUUACAAAAAAACGGUGUGAUCUCGAUUUCUUUGGGGUGAAAGAAUUAUGUCAAUGUCAUCAGUCUAUUGGCAAUUAUUGUUAUGCUAAUUCAGCUACUAGUGAGCAAUGUCGUACAGCAUGUUACGCGCACAGUGAUGCGCACUCACCAUGUAAAAACUAUUAUAUGAAUUGGGCUAAUCAGACCUUUGAAAUAACGGCUGUAAUGGCUAAAGAAUUGACUGAUUGUGGUCACAAAAUAUAA